GCACCUGGCACCUUACUCCUUGCACCUUGCACCUUGCCUAUUCGUACCUUGCCUGCCUGGGCCUGCCUUACCUUUUUCCCUGUCCCCUUCCCGCUACCUGACCUAAACCAAACCAAACCCCCUUCUGACGUCCUCUUUCCGCGUCCAACUUUCCUCCUCCUUCUCCAUCCCAUCCCCCAUCGACCCGCAGCCGCCGCUCGCGUCCCAUCUCGCAACCCAACGCAACCUCUGCAACACUCUCGUCUCCGACCGCUCACCACUCCAUCUCCAUCUCCAUUCCCUCCAAAACAGACACUAUGGCUGAGAUCCGCCGAAAGCUCGUCAUCGUUGGCGAUGGUGCCUGCGGUAAAACCUGCUUGUUGAUUGUCUUCUCCAAGGGCACUUUCCCUGAGGUCUACGUCCCCACCGUUUUCGAGAACUAUGUCGCCGAUGUCGAGGUCGAUGGCAAGCACGUCGAGCUGGCCCUAUGGGAUACAGCUGGUCAGGAGGAUUACGACCGUCUUCGACCCCUGUCCUACCCCGACUCCCACGUUAUCCUAAUCUGCUUCGCUGUCGACUCCCCCGACUCCCUCGACAACGUCCAGGAGAAGUGGAUCUCUGAGGUUCUGCACUUCUGCCAGGGUCUCCCCAUCAUCCUCGUUGGCUGCAAGAAGGAUCUGCGAUACGACCAGAAGAUCAUUGAGGAGCUCCGAAAGACCAGCCAGAAGCCCGUCUCCCCCGAGGAGGGUGAGGAGAUCCGCAAGAAGAUUGGCGCCUACAAGUACCUCGAGUGCUCUGCCAAGACCAAUGAGGGUGUCCGCGAGGUGUUCGAGCACGCCACCCGCGCUGCUCUCCUGUCUCGCCAAGGUCGCAGCGGCAGCAAGAAGCACAAGUGCCUUGUCCUGUAAAUGGGGACAUUGUGCCCUUGAGCGGAACACACACGUACCUGUUCGGCUCGACCCCCGCGUGGUAAUCCAUCAUCGUUCUAGUUCACCUCAACUUGACCCCGGCUGU